AAUAUUGGAAAAGUAAAACAUUCAUUUUUUACCUAGAAUUCGUUCGGUUUACUUCCUAUUUUUUUCGACGAAAGCCAAGCAAAAUUAACAGACAAAACAAUGUCGCUGAAAAGAAUCCAAACCUUUAAAAUUGCUGGUUGCAAGACCUUAUUCAAUAAUAUCGUAGAUAUAACCCGUCGCAUGUACGCCGCUAGUCGCCCUAAAGAGGUUCCUUUGACAGGAUCCCCCUUUGUGGAGCAGCGUCGUCGGUCCAACACCUCGCUAGCCCACCUCACCGCGCGGUCUCCCCACGCCUUGUCCCAGUCCAUUGCCGACGGCAGGACGCAGCAGGAAGAGCGGCCGUUGCCCCAGCACGAGCCUGGACUGUUCAGUCUCAUGCCACCGUUAAGGAGCACCAAUCCAAACUCCUUGAUGUUCCAGAAGGCCAUUUUAAAUAGGGAGCGGAGGCCGUUCUGCUUGCACGAGGACCCUCCAGUUAAGAAUGUCACCAGCGUCGAGGUAAAGGGAAGCGAAAUGCAAAAAAAGCUGCUAGAUCUUCUGGAUCAGCAGAAAAAGUUGGACAAAUGGCGGCAAGAUUGCUUUGAUCGAAGGAGCGACCGGAGCAGGGUCAGGCUUAACCAAGAAACGUCCAGGAGGAUUUCAAGGAACCUUGAAGAGCGGGUAGCAGCCAAGGACCUGGGCAAAUGGGAGGCCCAGGACCUUUUCCGGCCAAGUGCUUUGGAUUCCGCAACGUUUCUGGUAGCCACGAGGCAGGUUGAUAAGUCGCCUAGAUAUCCAUGGUGGCAUGGAAGAAUGACCACCUAUGGCAGCUACAAUCCAGACGAGGAGUUAGGCCAUGAGCAGACUAUGCCAAGCCCAGAUUACACCUCCUCGUUUCAAAAUCCCGGGAACCAGGGCAUUAUGAACACCAUGCGACCGGUUUAUCCUGGAGCAUUCCAGCCAACGGAAUCUAUAAACGUUGUGCCCUCUCAGGAAACCCAAAGGGUUUCAGCUUUAUCAAAGCUGGACAGGGCCCGGGAGGCAUCGGAUCUAGCGAGAAAAUCACGGAUGCCCCAAUGGAUGGCUAGAAAACGUUGUUAAAAGCGACAAUAGCGACUCGAAUCGUAUCCAUCAUUAUGUUGUCAAAUCUUUAGUGUGAAUUUUGUGGAAUAUUCGUGUUUGGACCAAACCUCAUCUCAUGCCACGAACUUCAAACUAAACAAUUUUAAGCUCUACUGCUAAUCUUGCAAGACGCCUUUGCAUUUACUGAUUGCUGAACGGAUGUCUUGUGAUCAAGGAAGAACGGAUUUUUAAUAGAUGACAUGGAAUCCUGACUAGCUUGAGCUAUAUUCGGAGAUCUGUUGAAAAUCUACUACAUAUUCUUCCAGCACUCCUUUGUCUCAUUGGACGCCUUGCAAUUGAGGAAGAAAUGAUUUUUAAUGGCUUGACGUAUUAUGAUUGAUUGUAUGAUCAUCCAAAAUGUUGAACAAACCUUGAGUGAUUAUGUAGUAGUCAAGCUAUACUUCUCUUAUACACAACUUCCUUAUCAAAAUUGUAAAAUUUGUAAUUUUUACCACAAGCAACUGCGUCAGUGAUAUUACUUUUUUGUAAAUCUUUGUGUAAAAAAAACUAUUGCCAGAAUAA